AUGGAGUUACUUCUUCUCGUGCCAUGCCUUGAUCCAAGGGAUUCAUUUUCCAAAUUCAACAUCCAUAAGCUACUUCGUCUUGCAGAACUUUAUCCCGAAGAUUUCACAAUAACUGAACGCAUGAUGAUUGAAGAUCAACUUACCACUUUCAUUUAUGAUGUGCGGCAUGAUGAAGAUUUUAUGAAUGUCGGGGACUUGGGUGGUUUCGCUAGGAAGAUGGUUGAGACAGGUAAACGUGCAAUUUUUCCACUCAUUUAUCGCCUAAUUGAGUUGGCGCUUGUUUUACCAAUUGCAACAGCUAGUGUUGAGAGGGUGUUUUCAACUAUGAAUGUUGUGAAAACUGACUUGCGCAACAAAAUGGGAGAUGAGUGGAUGAAUGAUAGCUUAGUUGUGUAUAUUGAGCGGGAGGUUUUUGCAACUAUUAAUAAUGAAGUGAUUCUACAACGCUUUCAAAAAAUGCAAACUCGACGGAUGCAACUACCUCCUCUUAGUGGCAUACCUCGCAUUUCUAGCACUGAAGCUGGGGUUGGUCCUAGUUCAAGUGUCCAUCGAUAG